AUGGCGCCUUUGAUGGACUGCGAGCCAGGCCUACAACGAGACCAAAUCGAUCCAAGCCAGCUCGAGAAGAAAAUUGAACAUUGCAGCAUUAAUCUAAGUCCAUACCAUGUGGACAAGACGGGUCUCGAGUUGGUUUCCGAAACACUUCCGGGACUGCUGGAGAGGCAGGUUGGGCUUACACCAGAUGCUCUUGCAAUUGACAGCUACGAAGGCCAAUGGACCUAUUCGCAGCUGCAGGAGGAGAUGCUCAGUCUCCAGAUUUAUCUCCAAAACCAUGGAGUAGCAAGCGGCGCCCGAGUUGGCAUCUUGCUUCCACUCUCUGCGCGAGCCGUCAUGGCAAUUCUCGCAAUCAUGGAUAUCGGAGCAGCUGUGGUGCCAGUAGACCUUCACCAUCCUCCCGCUCGGCAGAUGACCAUCUUUCACGAGUCGAAUGUGGAGCUUGUUGUGUCGGAUAAGAGAGAAAGCAUGCUCGAGGAUUUCAGGCAGGAAUACUCUGUAAUCGACUUGAGUGAUCUGAAAGCGGGUGGUCAAGAAGGACGUGGACCGACAGGCACCCAUGCUGGCCCUUUGCCCAGCAAUGCCAGCAUAUCUUCGGCGCAGCCUCAAGCCGAUGCAUACAUUGCGUUUACAUCGGGCUCCACCGGUGUUCCGAAAGGGAUUGUUCAAAGCCACGCUGCGAUAAUCACCAUGUGCAAAGCCAUGGUAGCACCGUUGGAAGUCCAGGCAUCUUCUCGAAUCGCACACGUUGCACCGUACGUGUUCGAUGUUGCAAUGAUGGAAAUCGCAUUGAGCUUCGGUACCGGAGCAGCGCUUUGCAUUAUGAGCAAGAGAGAUCUCGUCAUGCCGGAGCCCGGAGAGCUGGAGGAGAAUCUGAACCGGUUCAAGAUCACGCAUUUCACGUUGUCGCCAACGAUGCUGAGAUCGAUCAAGGUCGAUUCGGUCCCCACUAUGCGAAUGCUCAGCGUUAUGGGUGAGCCGCUGGAUCGCAGGGCUGUGAAACUUUGGUCUGUUUCACGAAAGUCGCAACUGCGACAGAUGUGGGGAUGUACUGAAGGCACGAUCUUGCAAUCCAUCACCCCACCCCUCCAGAGCCACGAUGAGCCGCAGAAUAUUGGCUCCAGCCUCUAUCGCGUAUGUCGGCUAUGGAUCACAGAUCCGGAAGACGUGGACGUCCUACGCGAGGAUGGUGAGGCUGGCGAGCUUGUCGUAGAGAGUCGUGCGCUUGCAAGUCGAUACAUCAACCGGCCGGACCAGACAGAACGCUCAUUCCUGGCGAACGUGGCGUGGAAAAAGCCCUCUUCGGACACACGAUACUAUCGUACUGGUGACCUGGCCCGCAAGGAAUCCGAUGGGACUGUCACCUUCCUCGGCCGCCAGGACGGGCAGAUGACUAUACGUGGCGAGCGAAUCGAGCUGGGAGAGAUUGAUUAUCACAUCGAGCAGGCGGGCUUGCUCCAAGGGCGAGGUGACUGCUUUGCCGAGUUCGAGCCGUCGACUCAGACCAUCGUCGGAUUUGUCUGUGGCCAUGCGCGGGAGCCCAGCGUGAGCGACAGUCCACUUACGCUCAUAUCUUGGGAAGAUGCAGCGGUGAGUAAGGAGGUGCUGGGGGAGACCAUGCUCAACCUCAUUGAGGAGGGUAAUCUGGCCCCUCAGAUGGUGCCAAUGUGGUGGUUCCCGUUGGCUGCGAGGCCGUUGACUAUCUCGCACAAGACUGAUCGAGCAAGACUGCGAACCAUGAUGGGAGAGCUAUCGCAUGAGCAGUGGACCAUGUAUCGUGUCGUUUCCGAAGACGCUCUUUAG